AGCUUUUCUUAAGGCGCGGUUCAGUUAACCAAACUAUGCUCGCCGCCACUAAUAUCAGCAAAACGAAAAAAAAUGAAAAAAGCAAAGGCCAAUUAAAGUCAAACAGCAGGAAAUAAAAAAAUGUAAUGGACUAAAGUAAGUGAAUGAUAAUAUUUAGCAAGUGAUGUUUGCUUCUGUCUUCAGCAAAACCCACUUAGCAUUUGAUCCCAAGAAGAGGAAGAGCAGCAUCAUCUUCAUCCUCUCCUCAUUCAUCUUCAAGCACCAUCUUCAAAUGGCUCGAUCGGCGCUUGAUGAAAUGUCGGACACUGGGGCAUUUCUGAGAACUGCUUCAACAUUUCGCAAUUUUAUUUCACGAGAUCCAAAUUCUCAAUUUCCAGCUGAAUCUGGAAGGUAUCAUCUGUAUGUAUCUUAUGCUUGUCCCUGGGCUUCCAGGUGUCUUGCAUACUUGAAGAUUAAAGGGCUCGACAAGGCCAUCAGUUUCACGUCUGUCAAACCUAUAUGGGAAAGAACGAAGGACAGUGAUGAACAUAUGGGAUGGGUUUUUCCUGCUUCGGAGACAGAGGAACCAGGAGCUGAGCCUGACCCUUUGAAUGGCGCAAAGAGUAUAAGAGAACUUUAUGAGCUUGCAAGUGCUAAUUAUGUCGGAAAGUACACAGUUCCUGUACUGUGGGAUAAGAAGCUCAAGACAAUUGUUAGUAAUGAGAGUUCGGAAAUCAUUCGUAUGUUUAAUACUGAAUUUAAUGAUGUAGCUGAGAAUGCAGCUCUAGAUUUAUAUCCUUCCCACUUGCAAGUUCAAAUUGAGGAAACCAAUGAAUGGGUAUAUAGUGGGAUAAAUAAUGGUGUUUAUAGAUGUGGCUUUGCAAAGAAGCAAGGGCCUUAUGAGGAGGCUGCAAAACAAUUGUAUGACGCUCUUGAUAAAUGUGAGAAGAUACUUGGAAAGCAACGUUAUAUAUGUGGCAACACUUUGUCUGAAGCAGAUAUCCGGUUGUUUGUCACCCUUAUAAGAUUUGAUGAGGUUUAUGCAGUUCACUUCAAGUGCAACAAAAAGCUUCUAAGGGAGUACCCAAAUCUGUUCAAUUAUACCAAAGAUAUCUUCCAAGUUCCUGGCAUGAGGAGCAGUGUAAACAUGGAACACAUUAAGCGGCAUUAUUACGGAAGUCAUCCUUCAAUAAAUCCAUUUGGAAUCAUUCCUCUUGGCCCAGACACCGACUUUUCGUCACCCCAUGACAGAGAAAAGUUUGUUAUGUAAAUUGCCAUGUACAUCUGCACUCAUAUUGGUAGUUGGUGUUCUUGGAGGAAAUCAUGGAUAUCCAUAUAGCAAGUCAUGUAUUAAGAAUGAAAUCAAGUCACCAUACUAUGUUCUUGGUAGCUUAUAUCUAGCAUCAGAUAUGGACUACACUCUUUCUCGAGGUGAACUUGGAGAAUAAGUAGGUAGCUGUUUUUUUUUUUUUCUUUUUCUGCUUGUGUUUGCUUCCUAUCAAUAAUCAGAAUGACAAUAAUCUUCUUGAAUGGAAGAGUUUCAUUCUAGUC